AUGACCGGACGGGGCCGUAAUCAGGGCACCAGGCUCGAAACCACCAUCGAGCAGUGCCGCAGCGAGGGCCGAUGGAAACGAGUGAUCGAGCUGGCGGAAGAGCUAAGACCUGGCGGCUAUCCACAAGAGUGUCUGGCCAACUUUCUGACGGGCGAGGGCAAGCUGGAAAGCUACCUGGAGGAGCAUCCUCCGGUCGAGGACAACUACUCGAAGGCCAAGCUGGGCCUGUCGGAGGCCAAGCGCUACCUGAACUCGGUCACCGGCGAGCACGGCAAAAAGGCGGGUUUCGCACUCGACGCCCAUCUUCUGCUGGCUAAGCUGUACUUUGCCUGCGGCCAGUACGAGGAAGCGUUGCAAAACUUUGUCCUCGCCGAGCUGAACACCCUCUCGGAGAAGCACUUGUCAUCGAGAAGCAUACGGAUACUUGCGGAAUCGUACGCCAUCAAGGGGAUGUGUUUGGAGAAGAACGGUUCGAAGGCUCCGUCAAAGUUCAAGCAAGCCGAACAGGAAUCGGAGAUGAUAACGUGUUUCGAGCGUGCCGCUGACCUCGGCAUCCUGUACUUGCAAGGGCUGGACAGCAGCAGCAACAACACCACCCUUAGCAGCAGCAACACGAACACCACCUCCGGUGUAGCUGGCCAAAGUGAAGUGCGGCGUAUGGGGGCCAUUCUGGAGACAGGGCUACAACGGGCACCGAUCGUGCUUAUCAAGGCAGGCAAGCUGCAGAAUGCGAUCGACCGGUACCGAUCGAUGCUGAGUGCGGUUGAAACGAAGGCGACUCAAACGCUGCGCCUAACGCUCGCUCGCCAGCUGGCCGAAGUGUUGCUACGGGGCGUAUCCGGUACCAUCUACACGCCCACCGCAAACAGCAGCACUCCGACGCACCGAUCGGCUCACGGCAGCACCAAACGGUUGUGGGAACCGCGAAAAUAUUCCGGCCGCCAGCAGUUUGUGCCGAAGAACCAGCACGAGGAAACCAUCCUGCUGCUGCUGAUCGCCGAAGCCCUUGCCGUGCGCGAUGCCGUCCUGUCACAGAGUCCGGAGUUUCGCGAGGCACGCGUUCACUCGCUCGGCAACGCCACGGCCAUAUACGACCUCCUAACGCUAGCGACCGUCCGCUGGAACCAGGUCGGGCUGUUGCACGAUUCGCUCGAGAAGGCGCUCAAGUUUGCGUUUGGCGAGAGCCACGUGUGGAAACAGUACGCCACCUGCCUGAUGGCGCUGGGGCGCUACAAGCACGCGGUCUGCGCGCUAAAGGAGCACGCGAAGCUGGAACCUGCGGACAGCAGCGUAUCGUGUUUAAUGGCGGCCCGUAUCUGUUACGAGCAUCUCGAUCAGGUGAAGGAUGGUCUGGCGUUCGCCGAGGAAGCGCUGCGUAAGGAAGCGAAGGUCGGCGGAGUCGGCAAUGGGCGUCGGUCAAGGGCGCAGCUGUACGUUGGGAUCGGUCUCCAGCAGGUGGCCGUCUCGUCGAACUUGGUUACCGAAAAGGAUCGCUACCAUCGGCUCGCGUUCGAGGCCCUCGAGCGUGCGGCCCAGCAGGAUCCGAACGAUCAUUUGGUGGAGUACUAUCUGGCUUGCCAGUGCGCGUUAAACCAUAACAUCACCGAAGCCCUCGGUCACAUCACCACCGCUCUGUUGCUGAGGGCCGAGCACGCGUCGAGCCUGUUGCUGUUUGCCCUGCUGCUAACGGCCAAUCGGCGGCCCCGGGAAGCGCUGACGGUGGUACAGGAUGCGGUCGAAGAGUUUCCCGACAACCUUAACCUGCUUCACGUGAAAGCCCACCUUGAGCUGCACCUACGCGACGUCGAGACGGCUCUCGAAACGGUGCAACAAAUGUUCAGCAUUUGGCGCGAGGUGUACGAGGUGCAGCUGGCCAAUGCAGCCAACGAGCACGAUCACGAAAAGCACUCCGAUACACGCAGCGUGAUGCAGAUGCAGUCGUCCCAGAUGUCCGACAAAGACUCCAAUUCCAUCCAUGCGGCAUCAUUAGCAGCGUCACGCAUCGAGCAUGCUCUGAGUGAAGCGGCUAGCUCCCUGAGCUCGUUCAGUCCCCGACCGGGGCCACAGAAGGCGUGGAUGAUACAGUUCAAGGUCUGGCUACUGCUGGCCGAUGUCUAUCUAGCGAUCGAGCAGCCGAACGAAGCCAUCAACUGUAUCCAGGAGGCAAGUCUCAUCAAUCCCGUUUCGCACCAAGUAAUGUACAUGCGCGGUCAAAUACACAUCUUUCAGUCGCAGUGGCACGAUGCGAAGCAGUGCUUUUUGAAUGCCGUGUCCGCCAACCCGUACCACACCGAUGCGCUCCGGGCCCUGGGCGAGGCCCAUCUAACACUCGGUGAACCCAGGCUCGCCGAGAAGACACUGAAAGAUGCGGCUAAAAUUGAUCCCAACUGUCCGAAGAUCUGGUUUCUGUUGGGACGCGUCAUGGAAAGCCUGGGCGACUACACGGCAUCGGCCGACUGCAUGGCCACGGCGCUGCAACUCGAACCCUUCUGUCCGGUUUUGCCCUUCAACACGAUAGCCCUUAUUUUCGAUUAAACCUCAUUUGUGCGGAGCUCGCACCAAGGGCGUCGUACCGACAUUACCGAGACACUGUAGUAUCCCAAAUCGUUCCCAAUCGUUCGUUAACUAAUUUUAGGAUCCGACUAAUCACGAAUCAACCCCCGGAGGGUUCCUGCUGUUCCUGCCGUUCCUGCCGUUUUGGACAAUUUAUUUCGAGUGGGCAUCAUCAUCAUCAUAUCAAACUUCUAUCUUUUGACACGGGUGACGGGGCCCAGUUGGUACAAGUAUUCGGUAGGGCAUACUACCAAGCGUAAUAUGUAAGAUCGACAAUUAUCGGUAGACAACCGUCUGGUUGGCGGUGUGGUUCGUUUGUUGGAUUGCAUUUCUUAAGCAUCUUCUGCUGGCAAUUAUCGUUCGUAAACCAAUGGUGGAAGUUGUAUGAAAAAUGGGUGGCCCACAGGUGCGUUUCUCGUUUCGUUUUUACUACUGUGAUUGUAUG